AUACAAACGCAAAAACAAAAAAAAUAUAUAUUCAUUCAAUAAAAAUUAAUUAAAAUGCAACGUAUUAACAAUAUUAAUUAAUAGAAAAAAAUUUACAUAUACAUAUAAUAAACUAACAGUAAUUAAUGGAUGGAUUAGCAUAAACGGAAAUUGUCUGCAAUAAAAUUGUAGAAAAGUGCGUAAGAAAAUAAAAUCAAAGAUUAUAGAAAUUACAACAAAUUAUUAAUUUCUUUAUGUUAUAAAUCGACAUUUGUUGAAUUUAACAUUUUGCAUAUCGUUUAGAUUCUUUUGUUUGAAUUUUACGCGUCACAACACAGUUGAAUCAUAUUUGAUGGCCAAAUAAAGGAAAUUUGAAGCAGAAAUACAAAUUCUAAACAACAUAAUGCUACAAUAUUUUAUAAUUUGUUAAAAAAAAAUUUCAAUAUUGAUAUUAUUUUUACAAUUUACAUUUGUAAAUAUUGAUAUUUCUGUUGACAGCAACAUGGAUCCGAAAAAAAUCACUGAACUGGCUAUUUUGUUACGAAAUAAUGGCGAUAAAAUAUUAAGUUCAGAGUUUACACUUACACUAUCAGCCUCUCUUUUACGAGCCCUCAAUGACUCCUUUACUCUAAUUGCCGAUUCUCUGGAAAUUGGCGAUAUACAAAACUUUCAAGUUGUAAAACCCAUCAACUCCAAGUCUCCCGUCUUUCGUGACCUACAAUUGGUGCAUGAUUUCGUACAAAAAACUGCAUUGCUUUGUAUUGUACAAUAUCCUGGCGAAGAAUAUUUUGAGGGUAAAAUAGAUAUAACGAAAUUUCGUGCCCUUAAACGACUGGAAAUACGCAAGGUACAAAUAAAACAAAUUUGUGGCAUACAAAAGUUGCGUGCUCAAUUGCAACAUUUGAUCUGUACCAAGAGCAUUAAAUGUGUCGAUGAGAUUAUAACACACUGUGGUGGUGACAAUUCGAAUGGUUUUGUUUGGAAUGAAUUGAAAAUAGCCGAUUUCAGUUACAAUAAUUUAAAAUCGAUUGAUACUUCAUUGGAAUUUGCUCAAUAUUUGCAACAUUUGAAUUUAAGACACAAUCAAUUGCAAUCCGUCAAGGCUGUCAAAUGGCUGCCCCAUUUAAAGACUUUAGAUUUGAGCUUCAAUCGUCUGCAGUUUAUACCACAGUUUCAUAUGGAUGCCUAUAAACGUUUGCAGUCUCUGAAUAUGAGUAAUAAUCUGUUGGAAGAUCUUAUGGGUAUUGUUAAAUUGGAUGCUCUCACAGAUUUGGAUUUAUCGGAUAACUUUUUGCUAGAUCAUACCUAUUUGUUGCCCUUAAGUGCCAUUAGUACCUUGAAAUUUUUAAAUCUUUAUGGUAAUCCUCUGCAAUGGCAUCCCAAACAUCGUUUGGCUGCUUCGCAAUAUCUGCAUAAAAACUGUUCUUCAGUGAAAUUUAUAUUGGAUUUUGAGCCUCUUACAAAAUAUGAAAAAUCCGUAACAGGUACACAUCAGCUGCGGCUAGUAGGUGCUCUCAAUCAUUACACUACACGUUCCUCAACUUCAUCAUUAACUGUUGCUGGACGUAUAACGCCUUCUUCAAAUCAAACACCAGCAUCCAGUGUGGGUUCUUUAGUGUCUUUUAAAUUAAAUGAUAAUAAUUCGGAUACAUCAGAAACCAACAAUGCGGAAGAUGUGAUUGUUAAACCUGCUAAGAAAAAAUCAUCCAAAGUACGUCGUGUCGAAAUUGAAGAUAAUAUUGUAGAAUCAGGAGAACAUUUAGACUCCUUAAAUUCGAUGGAAAAUUCUGUGAAUAGUUCAGUGGCUGUGAACGAGGAAAAUAAAGAGCACUUAGAUAUCAAGGGACAAAUAGUUAAUUUACGCAAAAAAUAUGGCAAUGAAUGGCUGCACACUGGCAAUGCAGAGAUCAGAAAUAGCGUUUUGGGUAUCACUUCAGCCAACACUUCUGCUAUGGACAUUGAUUUGGAAAGACAAAAGUCGCGACAAAUGUUUGAUGAAUAUGUAAAAGACGUUAAUGAUGAUUCUAAAAAUGAUAUUAGCAUGCAUACCUCAACACCAACCAACAACACCUUAGAUAAUACCAUGUCCAAGCUGGCGCUAACACCUAUUAAGACACAAAAUGACAAUAACGAAUCGAGUUCGCUUUAUCAAAGUUUAGACCAAACCUCAACCUUAAUUAAUAACAGCACAGAUAAUGAUACCACGGUAUACAAAUCGUUAGACAAUACUAAAGUGUGUAGUACAAAUCCUUUUGAUGAAGAGGAGGAUGAAUUAGUGGACGCAAUACAACAAUUGGAGGCAAGAGAACAAGAGGAACAUGAUAUUUUUAGCACAAUUUAUGACUCAUCGGAAAAACAUAAUGAAGAAGAGGAAUUCUCCGAAAGAGAAGAGGAUGAAGAAACAUAUAUUGUGUACACCACUAACCAUAAUGAAGCAAUAUUUUUAACCAAGUCUUCCAAUUUCCUUAGGGAAAGAGAUCCAUUAACAGAAAGAACCAAAACAAAAUGGAGCUUAAAAAUUUUAGAAUCCUGUGAUCGCAUUAAAUCCAAUACUUUGCGCAUAAAUUUCGAUACCGUUAAAAAGGAUAAACAGGAACGGGUCUAUACUGUCGAAGAAGAUUUGUGUCAAGAAUUGGAAAAGAAAUUACGUGAUAUACUUUCUCAACGUGAUUUAACCGAAAUGAAUCAAACUAUUUAUAGAUGUGUCAAUUGCAGCUGCCAAUUUUCACAGGAAACUAAAUCCAAAUUAAAUAAUUCGGAAAUACGUUGUCCUGACUGUAAAUCCUGUUUCGUUGCUGAAAUUCAUGAUAUACCCAAGUCUCUGGAAAAAGCAAAUCUGGUAGACAAACUAUCACCCGCCUCUAUAGUGGAAGAAUUGCCCACAUCUAUAGUACCUUUAACCCUACAACAGCCUUUAACAUCCCUCUCGAAUUCCAUAGAAGUCGCUGAGGAGACUAACAGUAUUGGUAAAGGAAACGCCAGGCUUUCUGCUAACAAUCCACUGCAUAGUAGGACGCUGAAGCAAACUCUUAAAAGUUCGGCUAAUUCUCUUAAUGAAUCCUCCUGUUCUAAAAUUACCACCACCUCUCAUUCUGAGAGCUCUUUCAAUUCGAAUCAGUCUUUGGUGGGCAGCUCAAAUACCGAUCGUGAUUUAGAUUUUAAAACAAAUGGUGAAAGUGACAUUGAUAUCAUCUCUAAUCCUAGCCAAUCCAGCAUAGAAGUAUUAGAUCCCUGUGCUAGUCGCAAAAACUGGGAAGAAAGACGUAGCAUUACCCACAUACCAAAUUUGGAGACCAUCGAUGAUCAAAGUUAUACACAAACUUUCUUGGAACGUGAAUUCGAUAAUAUGAUCAAUUAUGCCAAUAAAGAUAAAGACAAACCUGAAGAAUAUCCAGAACCCGAAAUAGAUAACCCAGAGAAUGCAGAAACAAAUUUGCAGCCUAAAAAGUCUUUAACUAACAUGGUGCACAAUAAUCUCACUGAGAGCAGUUCCUCGGGUUCGGUAACCGAUAGUAUUUGUACAGCCUAUGAACAAAAAGCAGAACAAACUCCUCACAUAGCAUUGAGUGAGGAUAAAAAGGAUGCAGUAAAAGAGUUUCUGCAGCAAGAAACAAAUGGUAAAACCAGCUCUCAGAACGGAAGGAAAGAAGAAAAUACCGGCUUAUCGUCUAUUUUUGGAGCUCUUAUGCAGUCCACCAACAUUUUAAUGACCAGUUCCAAAAAGCUAAUUGAUUCCGAAACUUUAUCAAAUGUUAAAUCAGGUACUGCUUUACCUGGCAACUCUAACAGCAGCAACAAAUCUACCUCCGCCAGCCAAGUGUAUAAAUUUAACUAUAGCGAUUUUAAUGAUAUCGAUCAUCGUUUAAAAUUGUAUUUUUAUCAAACAAAAUUCGAAAAAGAUGAACAUUUCAAAUGGAUUGUUAAGGGACGCAUUCUAAAUGAGAAUACUAAGAAAUUAACAGAUGGUGUUGUUGUUAUGUCCACUUGCAAAUUGUAUGUAAUGGAGGCUUAUGCUGCUGAAACCGAGGAUGUUUCGAAAUGGUUAAAAAUCACCAUUAGUUGUACGGUGGAUCGUUUGGAUAGCAUACAGUUGCUGCCCUGGAAAAUGGGUUUAUCGUUUUAUCUAAAUGAUUGGGGUGGUUUUCUAUUGUUGCUGCAAGACAUCUUGAGAACAGAUUCAUUAAUGCUGUUUUUUGCCAAUAAUGCUUUGCCUUCACUAUGUGAAUUGAAAUACCAACCAGCUGCAUUGCUAGCAAAACGUCUUAGUGCCGCUGUUAUCGAUGAGCAGCUAAAUAUGUGUUCAUUAUUGAAUGGCUGUGAAAUAACGUGUGAAAAUGCCAAACGUUCCUUUAACAUUUGCGGCCUUUUAACCACCGACUCGCGUAUUUAUUUGAGUUCGGAAAAAUUGGAUUGGCUUUCUGUGCUAGACCAUGACUCCGACAUAGAGUUGUGUGUUACACAAUUCAUGUCCAAUUUAGUAGAAGUGGAGCGUUGUUCGGAUAAUAUAUUUAUUAUAAAUUUCUUGGAUGAAACCCAAGAUAAGUGUGAGCUCUGGAAGUGCACAUUUCAAACAGCCGAAAAUGCUAAUACAUGUUUAAAUUCUAUAGCAGAAUCAUGGGAAAAAUUAUUUGGUGUUCCCCUAAUGAAUGCAUAGAAACAUCUACUUAUAUAAUAAAUAAAUAAUAUUCUUUCUAUUUAAGUUAUACUUUUUUGUAUGUCUGUAAAAUUUGUCCAACUUUUUUUUUUGUUUUCUUUUGUUUACCUUAUUAAUUAACAUGUAAAUAGUUCUAUAUUUGAUCUAUAUAUUAUAAAGAUUUAUUUUUUGUUAUUUUGA